ACGCGCGUUACGAUCGAGGGAGACACCCGUGGGAACAGAGUUCUCGAGCAAAGGGUGGACUCGCAGAAGGCGCCUUCCUUCACAUAAUUUUCGGGGGAUGCAUCGACACAUAAGGCCUCAUGGUCACUGGGUGUUGGUGGAGGGAACAAGCAAUGCAACAAGCACCGUUGUAUAGUCACUCUCUCCGGCAGUCCGUUACCGUCAACAACCGAACUCGGUGUACGUUUACAAUAUUUCAUUUAAACUAUAGUCUCGGUCUCACGUGGAAAUAUAUAACAUUUUUUGGAUAAUUGUUUCAUACUUAUAUUAAUUUAUCUGAGUGAAUCGAUACAAUGUUUUCUUCAACGCCAUCGCCAAUAUCAAGGACUGUUCAGUAUAGAAAGGUAACUAAACCAUUACUGGAGCGAAAACGUCGUGCACGAAUCAACAGAUGCUUAGAUGAAUUAAAAGACUUGAUGUUUACGGCUUUAGAGGCUGAAGGCGAAAAUGUUGAUAAACUAGAAAAAGCAGAUAUUUUGGAAUUUACCGUUAAACACUUACAAAAGAUAACUAAAAGAGAUCCUAUCGAAGAAGCAUACAAAUUUCAGGAAGGAUUCAGUCAUUGUGCAAGUGAAGCAUGUAGUUUUUUGCUGUCGCUUCCCGGAUUAGACUCAGUAGUUGGUCGUAGAUUAGUCGAAUAUUUGGCUAAAUCCGUUUCCAGAGCAUUGGAAUCUCAGAUACCCCCGACGUUAGUUGAAAAAUCUCCUGUCACGGGGCUUCCCGCUAUUGCUCCCCCAUCUUCAACCACAAUAAAUAAUACUACUGAAAGACCCAUUAGACGAGACACUUCACCGGGUUUAACACCACCACCUCUUCUACAACCUCUCUCUAGAAUGGCCAAUCUAUCUCCACUUUCGGAUACUUUGUCACCUAAGCCAGUCGCCUUAACAUCUUCAAACCGUAGUCAUAUGGUGAUCAGACCAAAACCCACUCGACCAUUUGCUCCUCAUGACAUACAGCAAGCUAUGCAACAAGAUCCGAUGUGGCGACCAUGGUAAUCAAUAGAUGUAUGAUAGUGUUAUAAUUGUUGAGCUUUGUAACAAUUUAUGUAUAAUUACUAAAAUUCAACAAAAUGGAUUUCAUAAUUUGAAUUUUAUAUUUUUUUACAUAAUUAUUGAACUUUACAUGUUAAGUUUAGAAGUAUUUAUAUAUUUAUAUUAUAUUUUAGUCUAUAUAAAAUCUUGUUUAAAAUUAAUUGUGUAAAAACUAUAAUUUAACUAAAUACUUAUACACAAAUAUAUCAAUUUUUAUUGUUUACUGCUCCGUAUUCAGGAAUUAUGCCACCUGGGGAUACUCAAUUCUACCACCCCCAAUGACAAUUUUAUUUUGCUCGUCAAACAAUUUGUUUCUGUGAAACUAUUUAUAUUUUUUUAAAUGAGCAAAAAAAAAAUUUCUCCAGCUAUAUUAUAAUUUAUAAUGCUCGAUUAUUAUCUGGCAUUGUGUCACCCAAAGCUCGUGCUCCCAGUACUCCCUCAGAUUUGGCCCAGUUACUAUUGUAUCAUUGAUAUUUCCAUACGAGAAUUUUUAUAUAUAACAUAUUGUUUUCUGUACUUCUCGUUAAUGUCAUAGAUUUUUGUUUGUAAAUAAAUGUUUUAAUGAA